AUGCAGGAUCGGUGUAGCAGCCACGGCACAGACCACUCCAUCUGCCUCUGCGGGUACAAAAGAAGCACUAGUGCCUCCCAAGCCUUCAUCGCCUAUAUUGGUGUUCCUACAUGUUCAUACACCGUUGCCAUGAAGACGCUGCCUACCGACUAUGAAGAAAGCAUACUCGAAAGCCUCACUGGAAACAACAGGAUAAUGGUGUGGGCUAGCAGAAGGAGACAGGAGGAGGACAAACAGUAUAUUGUCCAUGUUCAGCGCGUUCGUGGCAUUGGUCCUCCCGCAAGUCUGGUCGUCAAGAAGUUCGAAAACAUGAACCCGGCACUGCAACUGGACGACAAUGUGAUGAACCGCUGCAACUCAGAGAUGACCCUGUUAGCCACCAUCUGCCACGAUAACAUCAUCAAAGUCCUAGGUGUCAUCGAGAGGGAUGAAGCGCUGAUGCUCGUCUACAAGUUCGAGAAUUUCAAGGCCGUAAUAGCCAGCUUUGGCGCUGCACAGAUGAACAUGGCUGGGCUUGACCAACCGUUGCCCAUCGCCGACCUGCCUCUUGGUAACUUUGGGUAUGCAGCUCCUGAAUAUGGGACGGGGGCAACAACGGAGAAGGUAGACAUUUACAGCUAUGGUGUGCUGCUGCUGGAGCUCAUCACGGGGCGGAUUGCCAGUGAAGCUGGAGUGGAUGGUCAUUUGGCGAAUUGGGCACGGAAAUACUUCACUGAACUGAUGGCAAACCAACAAGAAGCGUUCCAGAAUGCCGUGGACAGGGACAUCCCAGAUCAAGCACGGUACAUGGAGGAGAUGGCUACCAUGUUCAGGCUGGGUGUGAAUUGCACCGCCGUGGACCCGCAGCAAAGGCCGUCCAUGCGGAUGGCUCUCAAACGACUCCGCCGCAGCCAUGGGCGUGGCCCAUUCCGUGGCCUCCUCACCUGCUAUCUGCUGUUCACGUUUUAUAUUUACGUUCCUUCUGCUGACUGA